AGCCUUUUUGGCUUCAAUCUCCGGUGAGUAAUGCCAUGGAACGAACUGGCGAGAUUGAAGUAGAUCCUCCUGAGCUUGUUACCAACAAGCCAGUGCUGGACGCCUUUCACUUUCUCAUCACCAGACCGUUUUGCAAUGCUUGCUUGCUGAUUCACAUCUUCCUCCUUACUACAUGCAUUUCUACUUCAUAUUACCCAGCAAUGAAGCAAGAGUCAGUGAAUUUGGAGCCCUACAACACAAGACUGAAGAGUGUGGUGGAGUCAUUGCAACAUGACUUUGAUACCGAAGAGGGCAUGCUGACUGACCUUAUCCUGAUUUGGAGUACACAACGAAGAGAUGCUUUGUUGAAUCGAGACCAGGACUUCCUGGAUCUUCAGCAAGACAUUCAGAACCAUCUCUCUCACUUGCAAGGCAACAAAAGGAGCUGCAAGAACCUGACCUGGGCAGAUCCAAACUUUGCACCCAGCAAUGAUGCUGCUCUGAUUCAGCUUGAUAUGAAAAUCAAAGCUUCCUUUGGCCAUCGAAAUCAGUGUUUGUACACGAUUCGAAAGUAUGUAGACAGUUUGGAUCACAAAAUGAGUGGGCACUUGAAGUUGGCAAUGGCUGGUCCCCACUCUGUGGUGGAUGCCUCAUACGAUGAGUGUGAUGAGGGGACCAUGCGCCAUUUGCUGUUGAGCACACCUUUCUUGGCAGCCCUACUCAUAAUGGGUGUUGGCACAAUUCCAAGGGCACUGACUCCUUUCCUGUGCCUUGCCGGUAGCGUGCAAGCGUCUCGGUGCGCAAUAGUACUUCUCAAAAGCCUUUGGGAGGACCUGAACAUGGUGGGUCCAGACACCCAAAUCCUCUUUGUGCAGCUGGCCCUUUGCUUUGACUAUGCUCUCUUCUUUUGGGUGCGCUUCUCUCAGGAGAGACAGCAGAGACCCGGCAACAUCGAUGCGCAAAGCAUUUUGAUGAGGACCUUGCAAACAUCAGGGUUUGUUAUAUUCAUCAGCACUAUGGUUUUAGUAGUUGCUUUCCUGGGUGCAAGCUGCUAUCCGGACCUGAACAAGCUGGGGUAUCUUUAUGCUACCUUGAACCUGGCUCUGGGCACUCUUUUUGUCGGCUUUUACAGCCUAACGGUGCCCACAGUGCUGGCCUCCAUUUGGCCAAACCUUUUCGAUGAUCCUAAAGGUAGCUUUCUUCAGGACGGCCUUCAAGGAAUCUCACGCUUUGUCAAGGCAAGGGUUUUUCGCCCAGUGGGCUAUGUGGCAUCAUCAAAGCCUUUGAACUACCUGGCAACAGUCUUGGUCCUGGCAACCUUCGGACCUUUGAUCCUCAACAUGUUGCGAUUGGAGCCCAACUAUGACUACACGGAGACGGACUUUUCAACCAGUGUGCGCGAGUACGAUGCCUACAACAUGGUGAAUCGUAAAUUCGAUUUGCAAGACAUGCAUAAGAUGACUGUUUUCAUGGAAGCUUCCCCGGCUCUUCGAGACCACUUUUCAAAGUUGUCCAGUGAAAGCGGAGACCAAAUGGAUUUGGCCUUUCACAAAGCUGCAUGCCUUGUUGCGCGGACCAUAUCCAUGGAUAAGGUCUGCAAGUCAAUGGGGAUUCCCGACAAGAUUUUGUCAAUCGACUGGGAUGCUGCAGACAAAUCCUGUUUGAAUUCAAUCCAACACAUCCCAGGGGAUGAACGGUACCGAGCGCGAAACCACACCAAAGAGCGCAUGUUCUUGUUUCCAGAAAUUGAUGAUUUGCAAGGCAAAGAUGUGCAGAAGCUGGUGAGGCACUUCUGGAGAACUAUUGAGCCUGAGGUGGCCAUCCGGAAUGGCGAGAGAAUGCUCUUCUCUGCAACGUUGUACACACCCGUUGCAGAAGAUAUGCUUCUGGAGCAGCAGUACAGGCAUGCUGCACCAUGGAUUGUGGGUGUUACCAUUUUCAUCGUUUGUUUCAUGGUCGGCUGGCUCUUCAAGUCAUACUUUGUUGCAGUGAAAAUGGUGUUCACAGUGGCCCUGCCAGUCUUUGCAGAGUAUGGCUUUGCCGUAGGUGUAUUUCAACAUGGAUGGUUUGCAUGGGCUGGCAUUCCAAGUGCAGGCGGACUGAAGUGGACCAUGAUUUACUCCACAAGCGGAUUUCUCUUUGCCUUGGCUAUGGACUAUGACCUCUUUUUGUUUGCACGUGUCUAUGAGCGGAGGCUGCAAGGCUUCGACAAUGCCUCUGCAGUGCGAAUGGCCUUGGAGGAGACAGGACCACUCAUCAGUCUUGCUGGCACGAUCAUGGUGGUGAGCUUCUUCUUCGUCUUUCUCUCGACAGUCCCCGUAAUUGCUCAGAUCGGCUGCUUAUACUGCUUUGGCGUGGCCUUGGAUGUAUAUGUGGUCCGCUUGUGGCUGGCACCUGCUGCAUUGUGCAUUUUCGAGAAGAUCAACUACUGGCCUGGCAAAGUUCCAGAGCCCACGAGAAGUUAUUUGGAUCAUGCUCUUCCCCCUCCCAAAGGUCGCUGGGAUCAGUACGGCAGUGUGCAUUGAUGAGAUUUGAGCCUCAAGCGACAAAAGAGGUGUGCCGCCAGUGAUGGUGCUUGGCCAGCAGGUUUCCCACACGAUGGGUGACGUGAUUAUAUAAUUUGCUCUAGUCCAGUGGGUCUUGGUUAUGCGGAAAUGCAAGGGCAGCCGAACACCCAUG